AUGUAUGGACGACAUGUGGAAAGCACCGCGGCAGAAGUAGCUUCAGGACGAAGCUUGUUGGAGGGUUAUGUAGACCGGUUGUCUUCGACGGCGUCGUUGUCAAUCUCCUCACACGCACUGUCGUUUCAGAGCUCCGGAGGGUGCGGCAGUGGCAGCAGCGAGAGCAACAUGCUCUUGUUCUACACCGAUGACGAUCCGGGCUUGAAGAUUACUCCAACGGUGGUUCUCGUGAUGAACCUUUGCUUUAUCGGCUUUGUCACCGUUCUUCAUGUCUUCGGAAAGAUCUAUCGCCAUAAAUCUGGUGAAGUGGCUUGA